GCCUACUCCCUUGUCAAAUUGUUUCCUAUGUCCAUGUAUCAAAGGUUUAAAGAGGCGCUAAGAAAAGUUUUUAUUUCAUUUUGUAAUAACCACUGUAGCCCACACUAGCGCGAUCAGUCGGGAAUCCUUGGAACCAAAAGUCUGUCACAAAUUUGCAAAAAAAUUGCUUGAUUUUUCCCUCUUUCUCGUAGGCUUGGUAGAUCCAUGAAUUCUCUUUCUUCGGAGAAUUCUGAUAAAUUCAGCAACGCCCAUAACUAAAUAUUUGGCGAAAAUAGCUCUCAAAUUUGUCAAUUUUAAAAGUUCGAUUUUUUCUUUCGAGGUUAGGUUGAUUUGUAUGGAUUUUGACAAAAAUGGCAGCGUGGAGUAACAUUCUUUGCUCUACGGGAGAAAAAGUACUUCGAAUUGGGGCUAUUUUGCCCAAAAAUUACAUCCAAAAUGGUCAAAUUCGAAGCAUGGGACAUGGACCAAGAAUCUUCCGAAUUGAACCGACUCGUUGGCAGUAUACCAAAUUUAAGGAUUUACUGCAUUUUUACAUCGCACUUGGAGUUAUUCCUCUAACAAUUGUUACGUUUAUCACUUAUGUUUUCGUUGGCCCUGCAACGCUUCGGGAAAUUCCAGAAGGCUACACUCCCAAAUAUUGGGAAUAUUACAGGAAUCCGAUCACGAGAUUUUUCAUGCGUACUUUCAAUCAAUCACACCAGGAGCUAUAUGAAAGAACGAUGCAUCAUAUGUAUGAGGAAACGCAAAAGGCGAAAAUUAAAGGUCUCGAACGUAAAGUUCAGAGUUUAAUCAAGAAACGGCGAGAUUAUCAAGAAUAUUAUUAUAUUCCAUACAAUGCUGAAAAGGUCUAUGAAAUGAGAGAAUUUAACCAGAAUUAUGAUGUACCUCUUGUCGAAAUAGACGAUGCUACUAAACAAAAAAUCAAAGCAGAGAGAGCUAAGAAAAACCAAUCAUCAUAAGGAGGAACAACUUUUGAAGUAAAGUUUAGAAAACUCAUAUUAGAAAAAAAAAUUUGAUCAGUAAAACUUUGGGGUUGUUUCUGUUUUCAGCAGUCAGUCCUAAAGUAAUUUCUUCAACGUUGUAUUGAAAACUGAAUAAACUGUGUAAUAUAUGUACAAUAAAUAUUCACUUCUAUAUUA